AUGAAAUUAGGUUUUAACUAAUUCAGCGAUCUCAGUCUUGAAGAAUUCACUAAAUAGUUUACUGGAAGAUUAUUACUUUCCGAUAAUCAACUAAAUUCUCUAGUGACCCCUGACAAGACAACUGCCAAUAACAUAGCAAAUUUAGUCAAGAAAUUGCCAACACCAUAGCCUUUAAGGAUUGGAGUGUCAAUUACACUUACGCCAGCACCAAAAGCGUCAACCAAUAACCCAACAGAUAUUGGUAUAUUUGACUGGAGAAAAUUCGGGAAGAUAUCAUCAGUUAAGGAUCAGAAUGGUUGCGGGAGCUGCUAUGCUUUCUCCUCUGUAGCAGCACUAGAAAGUUUAUUGCUAAUGCUAAAUCCUUCCAAGUAUUCUACUGUAAACUUAUCAGAAUAGUAAAUUGUUGAUUGCUCUUCUAAUUAUGGUAACUAUGGUUGUAAAGGUGGACUUGAACUAUAUGUGUAUUAGUAUACUGAAGAUUUUCCAGUUGCAUCUGAAAAUCAAUAUCCUUACAAAUCUAAAGAUUAAGCUUGCUAAACAAAUUCCAUCUCUAAUAUUGGAAGUUUGCGAACUAGUUCAUUCGUUUUCAAAACACGAUAGACAGCUGCCCAGUUAAGAGAAGCUGUUAAGAUUUAACCUGUAUCGAUAGGAGUAUGCGCUGGUACAGAUUUAUAGUUUUAUGAAUCAGGAAUUAUUUCUUCUGCUUGCUGCAGAUAAAAUAAUCAUGCUGUGCUUUUGAUAGGAUGGGGUAGAUAACCUGUAAUAUAGGCGCUGAUUUUACUUAUCCGAUAAUUAACUGAUUAUUUUGUAAAGAUUAAAAGAAGUUACUGGAUGUAGUGUACCUCGAGCUUCAUGAACAUUAACGACUAAAAGGACUGGCUGAGGGAAUUAUCAGGUAGUUACAUUGGAUACAAAUGA